AUGUCAGUCUUUGCACCAGUUCCAGAAGCCAUAGAGGCAUUCAAAAAUGGAGAGUUUCUCGUGGUCAUGGACGACGAGUCGCGCGAAAACGAGGGCGACUUGAUCAUUGCGGCCGAAAAGGUCACCCAGGAAAAGAUGGCCUUUCUUGUGCGGUACUCCUCGGGCUACGUUUGUGCGCCAUUGCUGACCGAACGAGCAGACAAACUCGAAUUGCAGCCCAUGUUGAAGGACAGAACAGACAGACACGGCACCGCUUACACGGUCACUUGUGACUACGCACACGGCACCACCACGGGAAUCCUGGCCCAUGACAGAGCAUUGACGGUGCGCAAACUAGCCGACGCUACCGUUGUUCCCGAUGACUUCAUCAGACCCGGCCAUGUGCUUCCCUUGCGUGCUGUUCCUGGUCUUCUCAGAGCCAGAAGGGGCCACACAGAGGCCAGUGUGCAGCUCUGCGAGCUUGCGGGUUUGCAGCCGGCAGCCACCAUUUGUGAGUUGGUGCGCGACGAGGAUGGAUUGAUGAUGCGCUUGGACGACUGCGUGGAGUUCAGCAAAAGACACGGCAUCAAGAUUGUGACCAUCGAGCAGAUCGUGGACCACAUGGAUGGAGCCGAGAAGUAG